GGAUACCUAAAACAAACGAACAGUUACGCUUACAUACAAGAGGCUGGAGUCGUGAAUUCGAAUUGCGUAAACGGUGUGUCAUGAAUUUAGACGCUGUGUUGUUGUUAGAGACGGUUAAUUUCGCCGCUGAAAAGCAUCGAAAUCAGCGUCGAAAAGACACAGAACAAACUCCGUAUAUUAACCACCCGAUUGGAGUAGCAAGGAUUCUCAGCCAUGAAGCUGGCGUCACCGACAUUGUGGUAUUACAAGCUGCUCUUCUUCAUGACACAUUGGAGGACACAGACACAAAGCCCGAAGAGCUGGAAACAAAGUUUGGACAGAUUGUUGCUCGCAUUGUUCAGGAGGUGACAGACGAUAAGCGUCUGCCCAAACAGGAGAGGAAGCGUCUACAGGUGGAACAUGCGCCUCAUUGCAGCCACCAGGCCAAACUGGUCAAACUGGCAGACAAACUGUACAACCUCAGGGAUUUGAACCGUUGCACCCCUGUUGGUUGGACGCCUGAGAGGGUCCAGCAGUAUUUUGUGUGGGCCUGCGAUGUUGUAAAAGGCCUGAUAGGUACCAACUCAGCUCUAGAGGAAAAGCUGGAGAAGUUGUUCAGACAGAGAGGGGUGCAACUCUAAAAUGGCAGAGAGAAGACAGAGAUCCAGUGUGAUUCAUAGUUUCCAUUUGUAAAUUUUGAAAUGAAUAAAUUUUAUUUCAUAUUCAUAGAUUA